GGGAGCCGGGGCAGCUUCCGGUGUGUCGCGUCUCGCUUCCGCUCAGUGGCAGCAACCCGUCGAAGAUGGCAGAAGACUUCGGUUUCUUUUCCUCCGACAACGGCACCACGGGCAGCGCCGAGGAGGACCCGGCCGCUGCUUUCCUGGCGCAGCAGGAGAGCGAGAUCGCCGGCAUCGAGAACGACGAAGGGUUCAGCAUCCUGGACAGCGGGGAGGUGCCGUCGGCCUUGCCGCCGCACCCGGACGAUGUUGCAGAUGAAUUUAAAGAUGAAAUUAAUGCAGUUAAUGGAGAAGUAUAUCAGGAAUCAAACGGUCCAAGCGACAGUUAUGCAGCAAUAGCUCGAGCAGACCGCUUGAGUCAGGAACCAGAAAGCAUUCGAAAAUGGAGAGAAGAACAGAUAACUCGUCUAGAAAACCUUGAUGCUGCUUCUCGAAAAGCCGAAUUGGAAUGGAAAGAGAAGGCACGAAAAGAACUGGAUGAAUGGUAUAUUCGACAGAAUGAGCAAUUGGAGAAAAUGAAGAAACAUAACAGAGCUGCGGAAGAGGCCUUUGUCCAGGAUUGUGAAGAAGAUACACCUGGAACAGAAUGGGAGCGAGUAGCACGCCUUUGUGAUUUCAAUCCCAAAACCAGCAAGCAGUCUAAGGAUGUAUCGCGUAUGCGCUCUGUACUGAUAUCACUUAAGCAGUCGCCUUUAGUCCGCUAGACACACCACAUUAGUGUGGGCUUUCUUGUUGCUCUAAUCGCAUCCUAAACAUUGAUGGCCAUUAGAAUAGAAGGAUGGGUGUUAGUCAUUCCUGUUGGACCAAACCAAUGUAAAUUACAAAAUCUGAGUUUAAUUAUUUUCCAACUGUUCGUGUGGUUUGUUGCCUUGGGUUACUGGGCAGGCAGGUAAAAUUGUUGCCCUCAUACACUCCCGAUUCUCAUUAAUGUUUAACUUUCUCAAUUAUUGAUAUCCCUACACUGUCCUUGUGCUGCAUCACAUGAUUAUUUAUGCAUGAAUUAUGAGUGGAAUCUAUUGGCCCUGGUUUAAAAAAAAAUCAUGUUGACUACACUGUUAUGCAUUAAAGGUUAAAUAUUAAAACA